AUGGCAUCCUCGCCACCGAUUUGGAAGUCACGCGAGAACAUUCAAUACACAUAUUUGGUAUGGCCCAUGCGAUUUGAUCUUCAUGCUUGCAUGAGGAAUGACGUGAGAAAGUGUUACGCCGCCGUCAGCAAUGCCACCUUGGAUGCACUCUAUCAUUACUAUUUUCAAAAGGAACUUUGUCCAGUCGGCACAGCCGGAGAGAAUUGCGAAUUGCCCUGCGAUCCCAAUCACGGGAGUGCCAAUGCCCGGGGUGUUUGUGUCUGCGAAUCCAACAAAUGGACCGGUGUCGAUUGCAGUCUGGAAGUGCCCGAAAAUACCAACAUGAUCCCACCCACACUGAAAUGGAUUGCCUACACCAUGCUGGGCAUUAAUCUUGCCGUCAUGGUACUGUGUGCCAUUUGGUUGUUUUGGCAAAAGGACAGUACGCAAGUGCGCAUCAGUCAACCCUUCUUUUUGGCAUUGGUGCUCGUCGGAGCGCCGUGUCGUUUACAUUUGGUAGCUCUGUUUGCCAAGAUUCGACGUGUUUAUGGCAUUUUCAAGUCGGCGGCCACCCCCGGAACCGCUCGGAAAAUAUCCGUCACCUUUCAGGAAACCAUUGCGGUCAUUGGCCUGGUGCUGUUGGAUAUUGCACAGGCGAAGAUUGGGUUGAUUUUGGUGAGGAUCAUUGCCGCACUUGCCUUGGCUUGUGGGGACGGCGUGCUACCUCUGCUAUGUGGCCAGAAAUAUCCCUUCCAAGUUUUCGGAAUCCAAGUAUUUGAGUAUUGCCAUGAUUUCCAAUCUUCAGUCGCUUGCAAGAAUGCUCCGAAAGUGCUCACUAACAACAUGAUGAAACACUUGAAUGGUACCAGGAACGAUCUUGCAGUGGUGCUAUUGAUAUUUGGCAAUCUCAUAUACAACGCCCAUUUCCACUUGGAAGCAGCAGAACCCGAAGCUGUCAAAGCCGCAAUCGGACAAGCCAUUCAGAGUUUCUCCACCACUCGCGAAAGUCGACGAAUCUCUCGACUGAGCUCACAAUUCACAUCCACAACAGCCUAUUCCCCGGGAGUCAACAGCAGCUUCCAAGGGAGUGGCCAGGUCUCCAUGAAUGGAUCUGCACACCUUUUCACCAACAACCAGCCAACACAAAUAUUGCAACAAAGCGACCGAGAAAAAGAUCCAAAGAGACGAAGUACUAAUAAGAACUCUUCGAUCUCUUCGGCAAAGGAGAUCACGUUGACACAAGAGCGAGUUGGAGGAGAGCAACUCUUCGUCUCUGCGGCGUGGGGAACCCCAACGACGGCUGCAAGAUUCACGCCAUUCUGA